UGUUUAUAGAGAUAAGUGAAAUGUCGGAGUCUAUAGGAAUGAUGGAAGGUGCCUACUUUGUAGGAAGAGCAGAGCUCUUAUCUUGGAUAAAUAAUUUUUUGAGUCUAAACUAUACAAAAAUUGAAGAAUUUGCAAGUGGUUGUGCACACUGUCAGGUUUUUGAUGCCUUAUUUCCGGGAAAAGUACCUUUGCAGAAAGUCAACUUUGGCGCCAAAAUGGACUACGAAUUUAUCCAAAACUAUAAAAUAUUGCAGACUGCUUUCGAUAGAUGCAAUAUUGAGAAACGUAUAGAUGUAGAUAAGCUUGUGAAAGCAAAAUAUCAGGACAACUUGGAAUUCACUCAAUGGGUGAAAUGUUAUUUCGAUCGUCACUAUGACGGUUCUGAAUAUGAUGCCGUCGGAAGGAGAAAUCGAGCUAUUGAAAUCUACAACGCAGCUAGAGGUGGACGUCAAAGAGCAAAAUCCGCUUCAUCUGAUAGUCAAGAGCCGGCUACUGUCUCGAAGAAAAAGCAAAUAUCAACAACUAAAGAAAAUGCUGCCUCUGAGAAGAAACAAACAUCAUCCAUGGAGAAUAAACAAGGCCCAAUUCGUUCCAAAGUUUCCGGCACUGCCAAAAAUGGAGAGCAAAAGAAUGGCGUCCAUGUUGAAGAUACGGGAGUCGCUAGGGCAGAGGUGGAGAGGCUAUCUCAGGAACUUGAAGAACUGAGAUUGACUGCUGAUAUCCUAGAAAAGGAAAGAGACUUUUAUUUCAACAAGCUUCGCGAUAUCGAAAUUCUUUGUCAGCAAUUUGAGGAGAGUCAUUCAGAUGUUGCAAAGGCAUUCCAACAAGUUUUGUAUGCUACUGAAGAAGAUUUUAUCAACCCAGAAGAUCUUGAAGUUCCCUCAGAAGAGCCUAUUGAAUUUCUCAGUGAUGCUCUAUGAGGUUCAACUGGUUAAUUUAAGCAAAUUACUUGUUUAGCCAGUGUCUUUUGUGGUAUUAUGUUGAGAGCGAGAAACUUUUGGAUUGUUCGUUUUCUGUUCUUUUCGCUACAUAGUUGCUUUCUGAGAAUGAAUUCUUCUUUUCAUUG